GAAAACCAACGAGAACAAAAUUUUCUUGUCAUUUCUCGCCUUUCGUUUGCAUUCGAGGGAGUUUUUUUUUCAUUUUCUCUCAGAAAAGUUGGCUCAUUCUUAUUUUUAUCAUAAUUUAUUUUCUGUGCUGCUGCUGGUGCGUGCGCGAAUAAGUCGGAAAUUCUCGAAAUACGUCUAAAACAUACUACGUGUGCGUGUUUGUCGUUUGUAGUUUUCUUUUUUAUUUAAUUUUUUCCUUAAAAGUAGAAUUAAAAUCCCCACCAUCCGACAGACAAAAAUUAAAAGAAUAACCCGCAAUGUUCAGUUUCCUUAAACGAGAGCGAGCUAACCAAGAAGUUGUCGAAAAUGUCAUCGGCGAACUGAAGAAAAUCUAUCGCAGCAAAUUGCUGCCCCUCGAGGAACACUACCAGUUCCAUGACUUUCACUCGCCCAAACUCGAGGAUCCCGACUUCGAUGCGAAGCCAAUGAUUUUGCUGGUCGGACAGUAUUCAACUGGUAAGACCACGUUCAUCCGGUAUCUGCUCGAAAGGGAUUUCCCUGGCAUCCGAAUUGGACCAGAGCCAACUACAGAUCGGUUCAUUGCGGUCAUGCAUGACGAUAAGGAGGGCGUCAUCCCUGGCAAUGCGCUGGUCGUUGACCCCAAGAGGCAGUUCCGUCCACUCAGCAAGUAUGGCAAUGCAUUCCUCAACCGAUUCCAAUGCUCGACGGUGGCGUCACCGGUUUUGCAAGCGAUUUCCAUCGUCGACACACCCGGAAUCCUGUCCGGAGAGAAACAGCGCAUCGAUCGUGGUUACGACUUCACCGGAGUGCUGGAAUGGUUUGCCGAGCGUGUAGACCGCAUCAUUCUACUCUUCGAUGCUCACAAAUUGGACAUCUCUGACGAAUUCCGCCGAGCAAUCGAAGCACUGCGUGGCCACGACGACAAAAUCCGCAUCAUCCUCAACAAAGCCGACAUGAUCGACCACCAGCAACUGAUGAGGGUCUAUGGAGCGCUCAUGUGGUCUCUGGGAAAAGUAUUGCAAACCCCCGAAGUGGCCCGCGUCUACAUCGGUUCGUUCUGGGAUCAACCUCUGCGUUUCGAUGCCAACCGCCGCCUAUUCGAGGACGAAGAGCAGGAUCUCUUCAGAGACUUGCAAUCGCUGCCGCGAAACGCUGCCCUGCGCAAGCUAAACGAUCUUAUCAAGAGAGCCCGCCUGGCCAAAGUGCACGCUUACAUAAUCGCCGAACUACGCAAGGACAUGCCCUCGGUGUUCGGCAAGGACAGCAAGAAGAAGGAGUUGAUUAAGAAUUUGGGACAAGUAUACGACCGACUACAGCGGGAACAUCAAAUUUCACCUGGUGACUUCCCAGACUUGAAGAAAAUGCAAGAUCACCUCCAGCACCACGACUUCACCAAGUUCCACACACUCAAGCCACAUCUACUCGACGUUGUGGACAACAUGCUAGCCAAGGAUAUAGCCCGAUUGAUGGAGAUGAUUCCACAUGAAGAACAGCAAUUAGUAUCAGAACCUAGUGUUAGGGGAGGAGCAUUUGAGGGUAUUGUAGAUGACACAAUCUCACCAUUCGGCUACCGAAAGGGCGAAGGUAUCGAUGCUGGCUUUGGAGAACUUGAUUGGAUCUGCAGUAGGGACAAAGCACGCACUGAUCCCCUAUUUGAAGCACUCAACCCCAUUGAUGGCAAGAUUUCUGGUGCUGCUGCCAAACAGGAACUGAUCAAAUCGAAACUACCUAACUCAGUGCUGAGUAAAAUAUGGAAGCUUUCCGAUGUCGACGGUGACGGUUUCCUUGAUGUCGAUGAGUUUGCUCUAGCUAUGCACUUAAUCAACGUCAAGCUUGAUGGCAACGAAUUGCCCAAUGUACUGCCUGAGCAUCUUGUUCCACCAACGAAGCGAUGCUAAUCCUAAUAUGAAACACCAGCAUCAAUAAUAGUUUUCUAUUUACGUGUAUAUGAAUUUUUUUAUUUCUUUUUUCUUUUUGUAAUCAUAAACAAUGAGAAGAAAAAUUAAAACAAAAAUAUUAAAAUAAAUUUUGUAAAGCUUAGAACGGAAAUUAUGAUACAAAACAGAAUUAAUUGAGUCAAAUGAACUUCAAAAUAAUAUUGGAAAAAAAAUAUAUAAAAAUGAUUUAUAUAUUUUAAAUUAUUAAACUAAAUAUCAUUGUAAAUUUUGGGAUGGGAAGAUAAACAAAAACCUAAAUGUGAAUGCUAAGUAAAAUAAUUUACACUUUUGUGUUAUGCAUAUUUUUAUUUCUUCUAAAUUUACAAAAAAAGAAAUCUAUACAAAAAAUUAUCAAAUUAUACAAAAUAUAAAAUCAAUAUUGUAAGAAAAAAUUAAAGGUUUAUUAAUUGAUAACCAUAUUUUGUUGAUGUUUCCGCCUUUUAUUAAAAAAAAAUAAAUAUACAUACAUAAACUGUCCGAGAAGAAACUACUGUAUUUAUUACUUAGUACAUAAAUUAUUAUAUUUUUAGUCUUUUUGUUAAAGCCGGAAACAUAUGCAUGCACAACACAACAUAAUUAUUUUUAUUAUAUUUUUCUGUUUACAACUAAAUUGUAUGUAAAACGUUGUACUUUGUUUCAUAUUUGCAAUAUUAUUAUUAAAUAUUAUCUUUUUUUUUGUUUGUUUCAAAUAAAUAUCUCGAGAGUGCAAUGAUUAUAUUUUUGCUUCAUUUAUUUUGUAUUUAUUUUAAAUAACUAUUAUACAAUUAUGGAAUUAUUGAACUAAAAAAAUGCAUUAUGUGUUCGAAACGACUUUUUUCUUUAGUAAUGUUAUGAUAUUGUUAAAGUUAUGUAAGUUCACGAUUUAUUUUAAAUUAUUUAUUAUGUGAAAGAAAAUAAUAUUAAAACUAAAAAUAUAUCACAAAUAACACCCGAUGUAUCUUAAAUAAAUAAAAAGAAAUAAUAAAUAAUGGUUUUAUAUAAUA